UGCGCAGGAGCGGAAGUUCAACGUUACGAUGUAAUCUGCUAGAAAGUUCCCCGGAUAAUAAGUACAGUGCGAAGGUCAGAAGCGUGCGGACAGAGUGAAUUGCAGCAAAGUAAUAUUAAAAUAGCAGGGCUUUCAGCAAGUCUCGGAUCUUUUCUGGAAUUCGUCAUAAAAAAGCAACAUGCCCAGAGGAAGCCGAAGCAGAACUUCGAGGAUGAGUCCUCCAAGUUACUCCUCACCAUCACCUCCACCAAUGGCCAGAGCAGCUCCUCGACAAUCAUACGCUCCAGCGCCCGCUCCUCCUCCACCAUCAGCGGUGGCGGCUCCUGCUGCUGCUCCCCGUCAGCCGGGAAUGUUCGCCCAGAUGGCGUCCACUGCGGCGGGCGUUGCUGUCGGCUCUGCUGUCGGACACACAAUAGGUCACGCCAUGACUGGCGGCUUCAGUGGAGGUGGAAACUCAGAAGCUGCCAGGCCUGAUGUUACCUAUCAGGAUUUUGGUACAUCUUCAUAUGUGACCCUGGAG